GUAUUACGUUGGUGUCGUACUCCUAUAGGGAUCUUUCCUACCUCCACGAACAUUUCCAUGUAAUGUGGAUGAGCCUCGAUACAGUCGCAUUGAGACACAUCCGCACAAGCAGGGAUAGGUUCAAAAGGACUAGCCACUGACCCUUGAUUCUUGAAAGCCUGUCAUCAGAAUUUGCACGUGAACGCUAAUAGGUAAACACAUGUUGGCCUUUGACAUGAUCGGAAUGUGUGGCUUCGGUUACCGCUUCCAUAGCUUCUAUCAAAGAUGAGAUACAUCUCUUCACUAGAAACGGUUGCCUCGUUGAUCGAAGCCAGGAAGAGGGCUAAUCGGCCUUCAGUCGAGAAUAUCCUGCGUUACAGAUGGGCAGAAGAGCUGGACAAGAACAUUCACUCGAUGUGGAGGCUCUGUGAAAACCUUGUUGCCGAGCGCAGGCGGAACCCGAAGCUAGACGCGAGAGACUUAUUUAAUACGAUUCGCUUCAAUGUAGUCACGUUUAGUAGGCUACUAAUACCUCUUUUAGGGAUGCAGAUACUGAUCUGGUGUUACGAGUUGACUGCUGGACACGAGACGACAGGCGUUACACUCGCUUUCCUGUUUUACCUACUACUCAAGAACCCAGAGACCCAUCAUAAGACCAAGCAAGAAGUAGAUCGAGUUCGUGGUGACGGGGUGUUGAAACUUCACUAGAUUCAAGUGAAUCGAGGCCUGCACCCGCUAGACACUCAGGUUUCCAAGCUCGGCCGGCAACUCAAUAUUUCGCUUAUAGAGGACACGAUAAUUAGGCAGAAAUGCUGCCUCACUGCUAAGGAGACUUUCGUAUGUAAUACA